AUGACAACUGGUGGCAAAGAUACUUUGACCCAUCUCGCAGAUGCCUUGCAGAUGCCCGUGAUACAGAUUAUUGACAAUCUUUCCAGGGAGCUGGCGGCCAGUGACAAUGCAAGGCCUUUCUUGCUCCAAGUGGCCACAGUGCUGGCGCAAGAUCCAACAACCCUGGCCUUAAGCCUGGAGGCUGCCAUUGCCAUGGCUGAGCAACAAGCAGUGAACAAAGAAGAGGUGGUGGUGGAGAGUAUGGCAGUGGCAGAGCAUGGAGUUGCGCCACCGGAGGAUGAAGAUGCAGCCACCAGGGACCUACCACCAGCAUGGGACAUUGAUGAGGAGGAAUGGGAAGACGAGGCAGCAGAAGGCACCCCCAAAGGCCCUCUUCCACGAUUAUUUCCCCGUCACCCGAGUCAGGACGCUGCUAGAAACCCAUUCAUCACCCUUGUCCACACUAAUGGCUUUCACCACCUCCCCAUCGUCUGGUGUCGCUGUCAGGGAGAGCAGCCCACUCGAGACUUGCAACUCUUGGAUCAGCGACUGUAUCCAGCGACAUCCGUAAGGACAGAGACAAUAUUUACAUUUGAAGUGCUUGAUGACUUCAGGCUAGAGCAUUUGGAGUGCAAGACGACGGCGUAUCAGUAUCAUCAUAAGCUGUGCCGCUUGACCUAUCCAGCUUGCCCUCAGUACAGUCCAAACCGGUAUGCAGACUUGCGCCGGAUCUCUCGCCAAUGGCGCAACUUGAAGCUACACAAAUGGUUUUCGAUUUCACCCUCAAAUCCCACUCGGCGAGGCAACAUGGCGCUCUUCUGUGCUGCCUGUCCACAGCCUGGAAUAAAUUUGCCUGUUGGGUGGGAACAGCUGCAGGAGAAAAACCCAAAUAUCUUCAUACAAUCUUUUGCGGCAGAUGGGAAUUUCACCGCCGAUCAUGUCCGCCAGAUGAACGAUGAGCAAGAUGUGUGGCUCACAGAUGGUGAAGGGUUCAUGACCAAUGAGAAGCGUUACAAGGACCAUUUGGAUAUUGCGGUGGACUCUCCUCAGACUGCUACAUGCUCGCGAUAUAGGGCACAGGAUGGCGCAGAUGCGGAGCACAAUGGGACCAACCAGACAGGAAAUGCGGGUCACUGUUGCGCUCACCACGGUGCCAUGGUGCCUGGGAGCUCUGUCGACUUUCAAAAAGGUGAGCGCCAGAUGAACAUGGACUUUUCUCUGUGCGAAGCCUUGGCCACCACGAACACGGAUGGCCUAAAAAAAGUGAUUCAUAUCUAUGACAUUGCCUGCCAGUACUAUGUGCACCUGAAGGAACGCAUCCAAGCCAGUCCCUAUUUGCAGAAAUCAGACCAGAUUGAGCUGAUUCACGCCAUUGGUCUCUUCCAUGUGCAUGGGCACCAGGACAAAUGUCUAUACUGCUUCGCCACCAGCUAUGUCCCAGGCGCCGUGCAGGUGGAUGGCAAAGUGAUGGAAACUAUUUGGGCAGUGCUGAACUCAAUAUCGAGAAUGGUUCAGACAGCCACUCUGGCUAAUCGGACGGAGACCAUUGACGACUUUCUGGGAGAUUCAAACUUUAAGAAGAUGCUUCAUAUAGUUGACACAAUUAUUGCAAAGUACCGGCGGGCGAGGGCUGCCAAGGUGGAGAGUGAAUUGUACCUUGCAGCCCUCACACGGGUGGCGACGGCGGCGGUGACUGACGAGUGGCGGCACAUGAUUGAGACGGCGGAAACCAUGCGCCAGGCAGAUGUUACAUCUAUGGAUUACAUGCUGGCAAAAGUUAAGCGUGGGCAGACACUGCAACAAAUCCGCACGAUGCUGAUCGACCACCAAUUGGGGGCACAUAAGGCGCCAGAUCCAGAUGGAACAGCAGCUGACUGGCUUGUGUCCAGCCUAGCUAUUGAGCAGGCACAGAUUGACCUCAAGCAAUUUGUCCGCCGCCUUGGGAGAAACACCACCAGCACCCAGAGGCUUGACCUUGGACGGAAAAGACAGCAAUUGUUGAAUUGCAUACGUGUGUUCCACCGGCGAUCGUGCAAGGAGUUCGGCGAUCAGGCAGUGAGGACUCUGGCUCGCCGGGCGGAUCCCCUCCUGACAGAUGUUGAAAAUAGUCUCCUUGUCUUUCCAUCUAGCAUCUCCUCUGGUGCUCUUCCCCAUCAAGAGUUGCAAAAGCUGGAAAAGGAGCUUCGAAUUGGAAAAGCGAAUGAUGCCUUGCAGGGUGUCCGUGAGAUGUUGGGCGAUCUGUCCUUUCAGUUCAUUGACAAAGUCCGUCGAUCGCAAACGAAGGCCCAGAAUACUCGCGCCUGGACUGCAGACUGCACUGUUAGCACUGCAAUCUCUGACAUCAAUGCUGCUGGGCAGAGCCAAGCACGCCUGGCCUGGUUCUGGGGGGCUUUAGAUGGGUUUACACCAGAGGCGGCGGUGGACCUUAGCAGUGACAGCAGCAGGAUGGCAGAAUUUGCAAGGAUUCACUGGCUCUGGGCUCGGGCCCAGAAGGAAAGAUGGAGUGAGGAAUAUGUAUUAACGGGGCAUGAGAUGGAGUGGACAACCCGCUACUUCAUGCAUCGCGCAGAAUGGUGGAAAGCAACAAUGCUGGGUGGUGGAACAGAGGCUGCGCCGGCUGUCCUGGAGUAUGCUGAGCAGCAACUUCACCUUUGGAACGAGUUGGGAAGAAUUGCGGAUGGUUGGUUUGGCAGGGAGCAGGGUAGCUACAUUUCAGUAUGGAAGUCAGCAUGA